UGGCGACUCGACCUUGGUUUACAGUAUAUAAGGACUGGACUCUGCUGCUGGAACUUCACUCAACUGAGUCCAACAGCAAAGACAUCAACAUGAAGUUGCUCAUCGUCCUCGCAGCCCUCGUGGCUUUCUCCGAGUGCCUCCAUAAGAUGCCCCUCAUCAAGGGUAAGACCGCCAGGCAAACCCUGAAGGAGAAAGGCCUCUGGGAGGAGUACAGGAAGAAGCACCCGUACAGCCCGAUGGUCAAGUUCCUCCAGACCGGUACUGAGUCCAUGACCAACGAUGCUGACUUGUCCUACUAUGGUGUGAUCUCCAUUGGCACCCCUCCUCAGUCCUUCACUGUCAUCUUUGACAGCGGUUCCUCCAACCUGUGGGUUCCGUCAGUCUACUGCAAUGACGAGGCCUGCCAGAGCCACAACAAAUUCAACCCUCAGCAGUCCUCCUCCUUCCAGUGGAACGGCCGGUCUCUGUCCAUCCAGUAUGGCACUGGCAGCAUGACUGGAUAUCUGGGCAGCGACACUGUUGAGGUGGGUGGCAUCUCUGUGGCCAACCAGGUGUUUGGACUGAGCCAGUCAGAGGCUCCUUUCAUGGCCAGCAUGCAGGCUGAUGGCAUCCUGGGAUUGGCCUUCCAGUCCAUUGCUUCUGACAAUGUCGUGCCAGUCUUUGACAACAUGAUCAAGCAGGGACUGGUGUCUCAGCCCAUGUUCUCCGUCUACUUGAGCGGCAACGAGGCCCAGGGCAGCGAGGUGGUCUUUGGUGGUGUUGACAACAGCCACUACACUGGACAGAUCACCUGGAUCCCUCUGUCCUCUGCCACCUACUAUCAGAUCAGCAUGGACAGUGUUACCAUCAACGGACAGACCGUGGCUUGCUCUGGCGGCUGCCAGGCCAUCAUCGACACUGGUACCUCUGUGAUCGUUGGCCCAUCCAAUGCCAUCAGCAACAUUAAUUCCUGGAUUGGAGCCUCAACCGACCAGUACGGAGAUAGCACCGUGAGCUGCCAGAACAUUGGGAGCAUGCCUUCUGUCACCUUCAAUCUCAAUGGAAACGCCUUCCCCGUCCCUGCAUCUGCCUACGUCUCUCAGAGCUCCUACGGUUGCAGCACUGGCUUUGGCCAGGGUGGUUUCUCCGAUCUAUGGAUCCUGGGUGAUGUCUUCAUCAGGGAGUACUAUGCCAUCUUUGAACCCCAGGCUCAGUACAUUGGUCUGGCCAAGUCUGUGUAAUAUGAGUGUGUAUUUCCCUCUAGAGGGAGGUUGUGGAAUACAGAGGUUUAAACAUGUAGCUGCCUUUGCAUUAAACAUAUUGAAGCAAA